CGGGACCAGAACCCGGCACACAGGGGCCCGGAGAGGGGCGAGGACGGCCCGCGCGGACCCCUUGGCGCCCCCGCCCCCCGCCCCGACCUCUGCGGGAGUCGCCGCCCACGUGUCCUCGCUCCCGGAACGCUGGCGGGGGCCGCAGGGCGGGCGCGCGGCGCUGUUCGCCUUCCCGCAAGUGUGGCCCCGCUGCCGACCCGUAGGCCGCCGUCCGCGUCCUUUUCGGUCUCCAGGCAACCGUGGCCGGUCCACGCGGGCGGAACCCAACCAGCCCUGGGCGGCAGGACGCUGCGCGGACCCAGAGACGGCUGGCGAGCCGGGCGCCGGCACCAUGGACCUGGUCAUCACGCAGGAGCUGGCCCGCGCCGAGAGCCAGCAAGAUGCUGCGUCCUUGGAGAGGGCCUACGAGCUGAUCAAAUCGGCCAACUUGGGGAAAUCGGAGUUCGACCCCUCGGAGAGCUUCAGCCCGGACCUGUUCGUUCUGUGUGCAGAGCAGGCCCUCAAGAUGGGACAGCCGGAGGUGAGCAGGGACUGCAUCCAGAUGUACUUCAAGGUGAAGGCCCCCGUCACCCAGUUUCUGGGCCGAGCGCACCUGUGCAGGGCCCAGCUGUGUGCCCCAAAGUCAGCAGAAAACCUGGAGGAGUUUGAAAACUGCGUGACUCAGUACAUGAAGGCUAUAAACUUUGCCAAAGGAGAGCCGAGGUAUCACUUCCUGGUGUUCAAUGCAUCAGUCCUGUACUGGCAGAUGGUCAGGCCGUUCCUCAAGCCGGGAUAUCACCACUACCUGAUCCCCAGCCUUUCCCAAAUCGUGAACGUGCUCGGUCAGACUGACGAGGAGGACAAGGAGUGGCGUGCCGAGCUGAUGCUGGAACUUCUGGAGUGCUACGUGGAAGCCGGAAGGAGGGAGGAGGCUGCCAGGUUCUGCUCCACCGCGGGGCCGUUCAUCAAGUCUCACGUGCCGCAGAAAUACCGGCGGUUUUUCUCCAUGAUGGUUCGUCAUGAAUUAAUGGACGAGCUUCAGUUAAAGGAAGAAAUGAAAAAUUCCAUUAGCCUGUCAGUCGCUUUCUAUAUUAAUAUGCUAAAGGCGAAGCAGGAGCGAAACGAUUUGCCGGAGGACGCCAGCGUGGUUCUGAGGAAGGCCUGCAGACGCUUGGGCCGCCUGUCCCACCAGCGCUCUCCUUCCGUCAGGGAAGAGAAAAUGCUUCUGCUCUUUGAAUUGGCUCGUUUUUCCUUGACCUUGAAGUGCACGGAGAUCUCCUCUGACUGCCUCUCAGACCUGAAGAAAAUGGAAAGCACAGAUCCUGGGAAGCUGAUUGAAAUUGAGUGUCUGGAGUGUGAAUCCGAAGCCUUGAGGCUUGAGAGUAAAAUGAAAGCGUACCUCCGAGCAGCUGUUGAGACCCAGCUGGACAUCAUACAGAGACUGGACGUCACACUGCAGCGAGCUGUCCGCCUGGGCGACCCCCGGGCCAUCCACGUGGUGUGCGCCACGCAGUGGAACACCUGCCUGCCCCUGCUGCAGCACAACCUGCGGCACCACCUGAGGAAGCCACUGGCCAACGUCGCGGAGGUGCUGGAGAAGGUGGACAGCCUCAUGACGCUUCUCCGCUGCCAAGUCCACAUGGAGAUGGCACAGAUCGAGGAGGACGAGGACCGGCUGGAGCCUGCCAUGGAGCACCUGUGGAAAGCCACGCGCCUGGACAGCCUGGGCCUCUACCAGGACCGGCUCCGGAUGGCCGCCACCCGGCUGCGCCUGUGCACCACGCUGUACCAGGCCCCCGAGCACGCUGAGGACAAGGCCAUCAUGGCCAUUGAGCAGGCAAAAAAAGCUACCCCGAAGGACAGCGUCAGGAAGAAGCGGGCCCUCCUGGUGAAUGCAGGCCUGGCCUUAGCCCCCGACACCUUUCAGAUCGUGCUGGACAGUGAGAAUGAGGCCAAAGUGUCCACUGGGAAGAACAGGGGCCGGUUCGCCUACCUUUGCUCGAAGGCACGGCACCACAUUGUCAGCGUGGACAAAGCUGCCGGGCACCUACGGCGUCUGGGCUAUGAAAACGACAAGGAGAGGGUACAGAUCUGGGCGGAGCUGGCCAAAGUGGCGAGGAAGCAGGGCGUGUGGGACGUGUGUCGCUCGGCGAGCCGCUUCUGCCUCCUGUACGACAGCGUCAAGGUGAAGAAGCUGAGGCUGCGGAGAGGGAGGAAGAGGCGAGGUGGGGACAGCUCAGUGCAGGACGCUGGGAGCCAGCCUGAGGUCGUCCUGCAGAGGCAGGUGUCCCCUGACCUGCUUCGGAAGUUCGCAGAGGUGGGGUUCAUCAAUGCUGAGGCCACUGUCCAUUUGCUGCGGUCAGAAGGUGUAGAACUGAAUGAGCGGCCCAUCCCCCCCGAAGACCUGAGCCAGCACCCAGCGGGCUACGUGCCUGAGCCCCCGGAGGCGAAUGCUGAGUGGGUCACAUACAGAACCUGGAUUGAGAGCCUGUCCCAGUACGCCAUGAAUAACUGGCUGCACUCUGCAGAGAUUGGACAGGAGCUCCAGGAGGCGUGGAUCGUGCAGAACGCUGUGGUCUACGUCCUGAACCACAGCCGCCACCUGAUCCUGGCCGGGCGGCAGAGGGAGCUGGUGGACGCCCUGCACCACCUCCUGAGCAUCGUCAAGGCCACAGGCCACAGCGGGGACCCUGUGAUGCUGGUGACGCUCUGCAACACGCUGGCACGAGGCCUGAUCAUCAGCUGGAUCCCAGCCCCGGCCGCUGAGAAGUCCAGGAAACUGGUGCGAGCCAAUGCCUUUCACAGCCCACUGGACGCGGGAGCCACCUCCGAGAUCAAAACAGCGGUGGAGGUCUGCGAGUUCGCCCUGAACCUGACCAACGGGAGCAGGCCAGAGGAGAUGGUGCCCACCCAUGUCCGGCAGCAGCUCCUCGCCACCUGGGUCAAAGCCAAGCAGCUCCUGCAGCAGCAGAUCGGGCCACGGCUGGGCACCGAGGAGCAGGGCACCAGCGAGGACGUCAGCUCGGUCACCAGGGUCCUUGUUGCGUUGGAAAUGUACUCGUGCAACGGGCUGGGCCUCAUGGACUUCACCGUCCCCUCCCUGGCCCAGGUGGUGAAAAUGGCUUCUGAGUGCAACUGGUCGGACCCCCUGGUGGAACUGCAGACCCUGACGCGGCUGACCCACUUCGCCUACGCGGCACGUGACCAUGAGACCACCAUGGCCUGUGCUCACAAGGCCGUUGAGAUGGGCGUCAAGUACCUGAAGAUAUUUGGUCCCGUGGAGUCCCAGCUGGUGGCGGAGAUGCUGUGCACGGCCGCGGCUGUCCAGGGCAGGAGCAUCAUGGAGAACCUGAAGGGCCAGAAGCAGCUGCGGCUGGUGGCGGCCAAGGCCUUCAUGGAGAGCGCCAGGUUCGGAGGCAUCGCGGGCAGCAGCGCCCUGGUGAUGCUGGCCGCGCGGCACUACUGGAAUGCCUGGCUGCCACUCCUGUCCUCGGCCGUCUACAGGAAGAAGGCCCAGGGUGCCGUGCAGCGGCUCAUCCGCAUCAUCAACAGGACAGAGGCCAGGAAGCAGGAGGAAGAGAAGUCGCUGCUCCUGCACCAGUGGCCCACAGCCGACUUCCAAGGUGGCGGGACGGCCGACGGGUCUUUCCUUCCAGGGGCUGAGGACGACCUGACACUCCGUGCCGCGCUCUACGGCCUGCUCUUCCACGGCCAUGCCGACCAGGACGACUGGGAGGGCGGCCUCAAGGUGCUGGAUGAGGCUGUGCAGGUGCUGCCUCGGACGGCCCACCGCCUCUUGAUCUUCAAGCACAUGAUCAUCGUGAAGGCCAAGCUCGGGCAGAACUUCUCGAUGGAGAUACAGAAGUUCAAGGCCGAGAGUGAGGACUACGUGGCUGGCAUGUGGCACCGGCUGGCCCUGAACUCGCGGAGUGUGGCUGGAGAGCUGGCCUGCUACCACAGUGCCAUCCAGGCCCUGCAGAAGCCUGAGACGGAGUGGCAGAAGGUGGAUUACCUCCUGGAGUUCAGCCAGUGGCUCUACCACAGACACUUUCCUCUCGAUGACGUGGUCUUCCACCUCCGCUGGGCCAUCGAGAUCCUGCUGGCCAUGAAGCCGCCCAGCGACACCCCCGAACCAGAGCCCGUGCCGGACGGGGAAUGCUUGCCCGUGCAGACACCCCCACGGAGCCCCGGGUCAGAGGCCGGGGAGACAGUGUCCCUGGAGCAGCUGUGCAGCGUGCGGCAGCUGGAGGCCCUGGCCCGCGGGCACAUCCUGCAGGCCCUGGUGCUGUCUCCGGGUGCCCAGGGCUACGAGGAUUGCUGCCUGGCAGCCUACACCUUCCUCAGGCGCAUCUGGCAGGUUUCUUUGACGACAGCAGGAAAAUCAGUCACAGACAGCAGACCCCUGGCAGCAACCAGCUCACAUCUGUUAUUGCCCAAAAAAGAGAAGGAGAAGAUGAAAGAGAAGGAGAAGGGAAAGGAGGAGAAAGCCAAGGAGGCCAAGCAGCCUCAAAGCCCAGCUCCUAACAAACCGCUGGAAGAUUUGCCCACCAGCAUAGAAGAGUGGGCUAGCUUCUCCUGCCCUGAGGAGGUGCUGUCUGUGCUGAAACAGGACAAGAGCGACUCCACUGUUAACGCCGAAAGUAUCCAGAAGCCGACGUACAGUCUGUAUUUCCUGGACCACCUGGUCAAGGCCCUGCAGAAGAUGUGCCUGCAUGAGCUCGCCGUCCCCGUCCUGCAGCUGGGGGUGCUGAUUUCGGAGUCCGUGGUGGGAAGCAAGGGCCUGGCGGAUCUCUACCGCCUCCGCCUCGCCCACGUGUGCUCCGAGCUGAAGCUGACGGAGGCAGCGGCACAGCACGAAGAGGCGGUCGGGCAGGUGCACAUCAGUGAGCUGGAGCAGGCCAGCUGCAGAAAAGAGAUCGCACUGAAAAAAGAGAAAAACAAGGAGCCCUCAUUAGAAGAAAGCCUGCCGGUGCUCAGCCAGCAGACCCUCACCGCCCGCUCUGUCGAGAUCAAACCACUGGAAGCCAAGGACAAGAUUUUGAAGAUGAAUGGGGAGACUGGGAGGGGCCUCGAUGGGACGUCCUAUCCGCACCUGUGGCUUCUGAAGGCAGAGGUUCUGCUGGAGAUGAGCCUGUACCAGCCUGCACGGCUGCUCCUGUCCGAGGCGAACCUGGCUUUCCAGGAGCUGGAUGAGCCUUGCGCAGAGGCCCGGUGCCUGUUCCUCCUGGCACAGCUGGCCAACAGGGAGAAGAACUAUGGACAAGCCAAGAGAAUGAUCGCACAGGCCCAGCACCUGGGCGGGAACGAGGAGUUCUGGUACGAUUCCACGCUGACCCUGGCAGAGGCGCUCUUGUCGACGGAACACCCAGGACGAGAAGCUACGGUGUGCCACAUAUUCCAGAAGCUCAUCAGUGCCCUCAAGAUUCUCAAGAAAGAAAGACCAAACCGAAUGCCGUUGUUAGAAUUCAUGAUCACAGACCUAGAAGCCAGGUGCCUGAGCCUGCGGGUCAGAGUUGCACAGGAGUCUGCUGUCACGGAACCCACAGAGUGCUCGCUGCUGCUGAAGGAGCUGGACGACAGCUUGUUGGAUAUUGAGAGAAGGUUUAUUGACUGUGGCUACAAAGAGAAUUGUGUUGACGUCAAACUAGAGCGUGCGAAGAUCAAGAGGUUACGUGCCCAGAACGAGAAAGAUGAAGAACAGAAAACUGCGUAUUACUUGGAGGCGUAUGGCCUGGCGCAGAGCGCUGUGGCUGAGGAAGAAGAGAGGUUCCAGAGCAUCCGGGCCUUGUUGUUGCUUCACAAUGUGCAGAACGUCAACACGCCUCUGAUGAGGAAGCUGGCGCGCCUCAAGCUCGGCCUGGUGGAGAUGGCUCUGGGCAUGCUCCAGUUCAUCUGGGAGGGGGCCCGCGGGCCGCGGAGCGAGCAGGGGUCCCUGGAGAAGCUGCUGGCAGAGUAUCUGCAGAACACCAGCGACGACACUUCCGUUGGCCUGCAAUGGUUCACGCUGAAGCGCACCCUGGCACACGGGGCACUGGCGCAGCUGGGGAGCCUGCAGCCGCUGAGUGUGGGCUGCGUGGAGAUCCGUGCCCGGCUCCUGGGACUGGCCGGGAGGGCCAUCCACCUGCUGGCCGUGCAAGCCGACCCUGUGCGCCCCGCCUGCUACUGGGAGGAGGAACCCUCGGUGGGCGCCAAGCUGAGCAACCUCAGGUCUCUGGAGCUGGAAGCAGAGGAAGAGGAUGCCACAAAGUCCAGCAGGGACCUGCCAGCCUCCAGGGCGGCCCUGGAGGAGCACAGCAGGAGACGCGGGGACCUGAAGAGGAGGAUGGUUCUGGCCCAGCGGUACCUGGCACAGGCGUCAGAGGUGUUGCUGCAGUGCCUACACGUGGCCCUUGGCAGUGGCCUCCUGGACGUGGCGGCAGCCGCCAGCCUGGAGAUGGUGGAGUGCAUCGGCGCCCUGGACCCUGCUACUACCUGCCAGUUCCUGGCGCUGUCUCAGAGCUGCUCGGCCUCAGAGACGAUGAGGGAUGUCCUGCUCGCAGCCACGGCCGACACCAGCAGCUCCCAGCUGGCGGCCCUUCUGCAGCUGCAGCAGCAGCUCCGGCGCCAGGACAGGACCACCACCGGCCUGGGCGCCAGCGUGGAGCAGAGGCUGGCUGCUGUGUCCAAGGCUUGGCAAAACCUCUGCGUCACUGAGCAGCAUUUUAACCUCUUGAAUGAGAUACCUCCCACCUUUCGGCUGCUCUUUCUGCAGCUGUCACCGGACAGCAGGUCCCAUCUGUACAGCGCUGCCUACGAGAAACCCAAGUUCAUUCCUGUGGCCAAAGGAAAGGUGCAGCACGUCGGAGGCCCCUGCAAGGUGAUGCGGCUGGCUGUGAGUCCCACCGCCUUCUCCCACCUGCUGGCCUGUGCCCAGGAGUUCCGGCAGGAGAUGCAGGCCCAGGUGUACACAGAGGACCUGCUGCAGAGCACAGGCUCGGAGCCAGAAGGCCUGCAGGCGGAAGAGAAGCAGCCCGCGGUGCACAGUCCCCGCAGCGUCCUGGAGGCCCUGGAGGAGCUUCUGCGGCCGCUCUUCCCCGUGCUCAGUGUCCCCGAGGCCAGAGUGCAGAUGCCCGUGAUGGUUGCAGAUUCAGGGAAGCCCAAGGGUAAAGACAAGGAGAGGAAACCGUCCACAGGGCCACAGAACACAGCCCAGCCCGAGGUGGCUGAUAAGAUCGUCCUGGUCGCAGACAGAGAUCUCCUGGAGCUGCCACUGGAAGGUCUCUCCGUGUUCGAUGAGGGGACAAUUUCCUCUGUGUCACGAGAAUUUUCUCUCCAAAUGUUAUGGAAUCGCCUCCGUAAAGAAGAGACAGCAGAAGGUGGCGUGAAAAAGGAGGGGAGAAGCAGAGACCCCAAGAAGAGAAGCCUGUCGAAGAAGGGCAAGAAGGGCAGCUUCCCCCGGGUCAUACCCCCCGACAGCAUCCUGGUCGACUCGGACAACUUCAAGUUCAUCGUGGACCCGUAUGAGGAAGCCCAGGGCCCAGAAAUGCUGACUCCUGUCUCCAUCACCCAAGAAAUUUUGGAAAGAUUCCAAGACACGUUCACGUCGCGAUGGGUGGGACAUCUGGGGAGCAAGCAGUUUCCCAGCCAGGCCCAGUGGGAGCAGGCUCUGGGCAGCUGCAGCGGCUUCUUCUUCUAUGGGAUGGAGCGCCUCCUGUCCCAUAUAUUAGUGGAGAGAUUGGUCGCCAUGAACUUGCAAGAGUGCCAGGUGCUGGUCGUGCUGGACCUGGCGCGGUCCUACCAGAGCAUGAGGCGGCACAUGGAGAGCCCGGAGCACAGGAGUGCCUCAAAGCCAUCCCUGGAGGAUCCCGUCAACGUGGCCAUCCUGCUGAGCCUGGUGGGGGUCAAGAGCAUCCUGGCGAACCAGUGGUCCACACUGCUGCAGGACAACGCGCUGCGGGCCAGCGUCCUUUGGGAAAAUCUGUUGGCCGUGGGGAAGCCGGUUGGAGAAACCGUGCGCCUCCUUCAGGAGAUGAGCGGGGAUGAGGCGGUGAACCAAGGUGAGGGCGGCAGCCGGCACGCGGGUCCCCCAGCGUGGACACGCGCUCCCCACAGCCCUCCAGGGACAGGGUCUCGGCUUCCCCGUGGGGAACUGGGAUUCCAGACACUGACUAGGAGCCAGAAAGAGGAGGCUUGUUCUUGCCUGGAAGUGGCCUGCGUCUCUGCACUGCCCCGGGCACCCCCCACCCCCCGCAGUGGCAUGAGCCUCCGUGGUGACACCUGCGACUCCGUGUGGCUCCAGAACCCACAGGGAAAGCAUCGCGGUCAUCGGAAGACCGCGACAGCGCCAAUCACACGAAUCCUGCGAGCCCGGGGCUCUCUGGGAACCAGUGGGAGAUCCAGGGGGCAGCUGUGCCAAGCCCCUCCCACAGUGAGGUCCGGACGGCCCCUGGAUGUGGCCAGGGGUCCCCCCCUGUGAAGAGGCCUCCUGGAAGGGGAGUGCGUGGGCUGAGGCUGGAGAGCAGCCUGACUCACGUCACACCCAGCGCCUGUCCCUCCCACGGCCUCACAGGGGCAACGUGGGAAGGGGCCCAGGACAUGGUCUGUUCUCAAACAUGGACAGGCGCAACCCCACCCACUCAUCCUUCAGAGUCAGCAAAACCCUCCUGCCAUGGUGGGGGGAGUGCAGAGCGGAGCUUCGCGGGACCCUGGGUCGAAGCGCUCAGCCGUGCACGGAAGGGGUGGUCUGCCCUGCCGAGGAAGGCGCCCCCCCACCGAGCCCUUCAGUGUCCGCCACUGGCCAGGAGCUUAUCGUGUAGAGAGCAUGUGGUCUGCAGUCUGGGGUGCCGGGCCCAGCGCCCCAUGCUUGUCGGGGGAGGGAGGGAGCGAGGGGCAGGAGGAAGGCGGACGGAGCGCAAACACGGAGCCGGUGCAGACACGGAGGCCACCGUGGCGUGGCUGGUGUGGCGCUCUGCAGGGGACUCCGGGAAGGGCGGAGCCACGCCGGAGUCGUUCUGCUGCCGCUCAGCCGUGACCCAGCCCCGGUCUCUGCAGAGGGGACCUGAGCCCAGGCGACCGACCCGUUGCGAAGGAAGGGCAGAGGGCGCUGCUCCCUGCAGGGCAGCAGCCACACCCUAGACGGCCGCCCCCCAGCAAAGCAGCUCGCCCGGCCGAGGGGCGGGUCAGGGACAGUGGGCUUCGGGGCAGGGGGCCCAGUCCUGGUGCCAUCACCGGGCUGUGCGGGGCCUUCCUGCCCUGACGCUCCUGGGCCUGGAAACUGUUGGUGACUUGGACACGUCGGUGCAGGAGGGGUGUGCAGUUGGUGGGGGCGCCCUGGGGGGCCUGGCGGAUGGCAGUGUGUCCCCUCGGCACCCUCAGUAGGAGCACCUGCCGUGCCCGCCCCUGUGCCAGUGGCCCUCGGCCAGGCUGGACGUCCUGCGGAUCCUCGGGGUUCAUGGCUUCCGUCCCUCUCUCCACAGACGAGGCUUCUCAGACCUUGAAGGACAAGGUGCUCCUGCAGCUGCAGCCACAGCUCCAAAGCUCCGA